UUGCACUCGUUAUAUAUAAGGACAUGUUGAAGGUAGUGAGGGGCUGGUGAAUGUGCAGGGUUGUGGGAAGUCUUGUGAUUAUCUUCUUUUGCGGAAUAUCAUAUUUAUUGUAAACGUAUUCGGUGCCACCUGUUUUUUUAGUGAUUUACCGCCUACCACUUAACGUUUCAGUUAUGGCGCAGGAGUUUGUCGAGACCAAAAUAAAAGGAGACAAAGUGGUUUUGUUUUUGAAACCGUCGUGCCCGUAUUGCGUGAUGGCAAAGGAGGUUCUGUCCAAGUACAAUUUCAAAGCAGGGCACCUAGAAUAUAUCGACAUUAGUGGACGGAACGAUAUGUCCCAAAUCCAGGACUAUUUCUUGGAGAUUACCGGCGCUAGAACUGUGCCGCGGGUCUUCAUUGGAGAGGAGUGUAUAGGUGGGGGCAGUGAUGUGGCAGCCCUUGAAAAGAGCGGGAAGCUGGAGGGGAUGCUGCAGUCCAUUGGUGCUCUGCAGUGAGCUCAGGGCGGCCCGGGCCGGGUCACAUGAUGGAGCAGCGCGACUUGCGCAGCUGACGUCUGCGCAGCUGGUACUCGCUGAGCUCCUGCAGGUAACCCCUCGACGGCCACCUGAGCCGCUCCACCUGCUCCCGCUCCUCCUCUGCAAUGCAAAAAACCAACAAAGAAGAAGCCGCCUUGAUGACGACGACGCGCCAGCCCAAAGCACCCUGUUUCCUGGGAGCCCCAGUCCAACCGCUUAAUCUGUGCCUAGAUGACAAUGCAAGCGUGAAAUGCCUAUGAGAGAAUUAUCAAUCAGAUGUUGCUCACGUGUGGUCUCUUAAGAAAUUAGCCUGCCAGAAUGCUUGCUUAAUUUCAUCAUUUGCUUCAUAGAUGGUUUACUGGUGAUGUUUGCUGGAUUGAGGUUCUCUGGGAUAUUGGCCAGAUACAUACACCAGUACAAAUAUUUGUUGCGAGUCAUAUCAGUGCCUGUACCAGGAUGCACUGAACUAUAGCCCUUUCUAAAAACCCGUCCAAUGUACCUGUACUGGAAUCCUGUGUGUGAUGAUAGACUUGGAUGUAGUAUACUGUAUCCUAUUAAAUCUGUUUGAAGUCA